UAUGUCAUUCUAUACUGUGUUGUGUGUCUGAUUUCGAUUUGUUUUUAUUUAUUUCCGUGACUUUAUUAGUAACAAAAUCUUUAUAAUAACUGUAUAAAUUAUGAAAAUGGUCUAUACACAUUCUAGAAACCAAUUAUAAUAAACAUGGCAGCAGCCUUUCAACAACAAAUAUUUGCUUUAGACGCUCGCUUCAACGCUUACAGGGCUCCGAACAAUCCCAACUUUAAAACCUUGUAUAUACGAAGACGCAGUCAAUUGCUAAGGGAGAAUGCUAAAUUCAAAGACAUAGAGACCAUAAAGAAGUACCUCCACAUCCGGAGCCAGCUGCUGCAGCGCCGCUAUGGAGUCCAGGACAACAUAUCCAUCAGCUCGGCUUCCUCUCGCCAGAGAUCCAGCAGCAAGGCAAGUCUGGCGCUUGACGACUUCCCUCAGAGCUCCAACAACAAGAAGAAAAAUGAAAUGUCCAUAUCAGAGAACUAUGCGUUCACUGGAGUACACCAUAUUUUUGACCAGCAUUCGGAGCAAGUGAGCGUAGUAAAGUUCGCCAAUAACGACCGUUCGAAACUUGCAUGCGCGUCGCACGACGGAUCUGUCUCCAUCUGUGACGUCACCGCGUCUCCGCCGCGAGUCAGCUUCGUGCUGGAGGGUCAUACGCAGCCCGUCACAGGUUGCGACUGGUCAGCGUCCAAUGAGCUGGUGGUAUCGGUGGGGCUGGACGGGAUGCUGGUGGUGUGGGACGUGUCGCGGCGCGCGCGCCUGCGCGCCGUGCAGGACCAGAUGCGCGCGCCGCUGCUCGCCGUCGCCUUCCAGCCCGCCAACAACAACAUGGUCAUUGCCGGAAACGCAAAAGGGAUGGUCGAAGUGCUGAACGUGUCCACAGGAAUAUACCCGAAAGGCGGCAGUAGCAUUCUGGGCGGUCGUGUGCUUUCUAUAGCUUGCGAAUCGAGCGGACGAAUGUUUUGGGCUGCUAAUGACAAGGGUGUGAUAGUGAGCUACCGUCUGGAGGGCGCGGGGGGAGCGCUAAGUAAGCUGCGGCGCUGCUGCGUGGACGGAGCUGUGUCGUGCCUGAGCUGGAGCCCCUGGCUGGCGCGCCAUCCCGCGCUGCUGGCCAGCGUGGCCACCGACACGCUCUACCUGUUCAGGAUCGCAGACCGUGACGGCACCUUGGCCUUGAAGAAGCGUUUCUCCACGAUGCACCGCGAGCACAGUGUCAAAUCAACGUUCUGCCCAAUCAUGUCGUUCCGACGCGGAGUCUGUGUUGUGACAGGGAGCGAAGAUGCCACCGUCUACUUCUUGGAUAUAGAGGGGACUUCCAACCAGCCUGUAGUCAACAAGUUACAAGGGCACGCGUCGCCAGUGCUGGGCGUGAGCUUCAGCUACGACGAGAGCCUGUUGGCCACCAGCGACGCCUCCGGGCUCGUCAUCAUCUGGCGGCGACCCUGACUUCAUACCAACUAAUAGCGCUGGAGGCCUAUGUCUGCAGUGGACGUCUUCUCAAAUGAUGAACCAUGCUGACCAGUACGAACAGACUUAUUUCUUGAUCGGAAAUUCUUGUACAUUAUUACAUAUUCACGCCUGUAUUCCCUUAAGAGGUAGGCAGAGCACUGAAAUUGCUCAAGUUUCAGUGUCACUCUUGGCUAUUAGGGUUUGAAAGUUGUGAGAU